CCCCGAUGCUCAACAUGACCGAGGAGCACGACAAAGCCAUGGAGCCGCCGUGCAGCCCCGCGGGCACCACCAGCUCCAUGUCGCACGUGGACUCGGACUCGGACUCGCCGCUGUCCCCGGCCGGCUCCGAGGGGCUGGGCUGCGCCCCCGCGCCCGCCCCGCGCCCGCCGGGCCCCGCCGCGCUGGGCGCCAAGGUGGACGCGGCCGAGGUGGACGAGCGCUUCCCCGCCUGCAUCCGCGACGCCGUCUCGCAGGUGCUCAAGGGCUACGACUGGAGCCUGGUGCCGAUGCCCGUCCGCGGCAACGGAUCGCUCAAGGCCAAGCCGCACGUCAAGCGGCCCAUGAACGCCUUCAUGGUGUGGGCGCAGGCCGCCCGCAGGAAGCUGGCGGACCAGUACCCGCAUCUGCACAACGCCGAGCUCAGCAAGACCCUGGGCAAGCUCUGGCGUUUAUUGAGUGAAAACGAGAAGCGUCCCUUUGUGGAAGAAGCCGAGCGGCUCAGGGUGCAGCACAAAAAGGAUCACCCGGAUUAUAAAUACCAGCCCCGGAGGAGGAAAAGCGUCAAAGCCGGGCAGAGCGACUCCGACUCCGGGGCCGAGCUCAGCCACCACGGCGGGACACAGAUCUACAAGGGGGACAGCGGGCUGGGGGGCAUGGCCGACCCCCACCACCACGGGGACCACACAGGCCAGACCCACGGGCCGCCCACCCCACCCACCACCCCCAAGACCGACCUGCACCACGGCAGCAAGCAGGAGCUGAAGCACGAGGGCCGGCGCCUCGUGGAGAGCGGCCGCCAGAACAUCGACUUCAGCAACGUGGACAUCUCGGAGCUGAGCAGCGAGGUCAUCAACAACAUGGAGACCUUCGACGUACACGAGUUCGACCAGUACCUGCCGCUCAACGGCCACGCGGCCCUGCCGGCCGAGCACGGCCCCGGCGCCGCCGGCUCCUACGGCGCGUCCUACUCGCACUCGGCCGCGGGCGCCGGCGGGGCCGCCCAGGUGUGGACUCACAAAAGCCCGGCCUCGGCGUCGCCGCCGGCGGCAGAGCCGGGCCAGCAAAGGCCCCACAUCAAGACGGAGCAGCUGAGCCCCAGCCACUACAGCGACCAGUCCCACGGCUCCCCCGCGCACUCCGACUACGGCUCCUACAGCGCCCAGGCCUGCGCCACCACCGCCGCCACCGCCACGGCCGCCGCCUCCUUCUCCAGCUCCCAGUGCGACUACACGGACCUGCAGAGCUCCAACUACUACAACCCCUACCCCGGCUACCCCUCCAGCAUUUACCAGUAUCCCUAUUUCCACUCGUCCCGCCGGCCCUACGCGACGCCCAUCCUCAACGGCCUGUCCAUCCCGCCGGCGCACAGCCCCACCGCUAACUGGGACCAGCCGGUCUAUACGACCCUGACGAGGCCUUAAAGGAUGUGUGGGGCCCCUCCAGGGCUUCCCAGAAAUGUGCACUAAUGAAGGAAUGAAGAGGAAGAGCGUGGAGUGCCGCGAUAGUUUCCAAAGUGCCUCCUGAGCCACUGGGAACUCUGCUCGUUGCGACUGGACGUCCCCUUGCUUCGAAACUCUCCAAAAGGACAGAGCUCUAUUUUUUUCUUUGAUGAAUAUGAUUUAAAGUAAAAAAAAAAAAAAAAAAUAAAGGACGAAGACGAUUCCCCCCAAAAAAAAUAAAAAAAGCAAACAACAAAGAGGAAAAAAAAAAAACAAAAGCAAAGGACCAGCGAUGCCUUUUGAAUAAAUGAAGGACCGUUCGACUCCUCUGUGAGGGCUGAACUGAACUUCCUCGGAGGGGAAGGUGACAAGUGCAAAAGUGGAGCAGGGGGGUGGGAAAAGGGGGGAGAGAAAACAACGGGAAAAGCUGUUUUGAGACUUUAAAGGGUCUAUUGCAAUGUGAGGAACGGACCAACCUUGAGGGGCAAGAACUCACUGGGACCAACAGGGAUGAACCCCGAGAACCCGGCUAUUCCAUGGAACACUCCCGUGGGAACAAACCAGUCUGGUGGGACCAACCAAUUAAAUGUCUGAAGUGUUUGGGUUUUUUUGUUUUUUUUUUAGUCAGGAGUUCUUCUAAGCAAGGUUUGGCUGUAAUUAACAUUUUGUUUUGUUUUUUUGGAAGCUUAAAAUGUUUUUGGGUUUUUUUUUUUCGGUUUGUUGAUUUUUUUUUUUUUAAAUCUGUUAAAUAUGUAUUUAUGUUCUGUAUUAUUUUGUCGUUUAAUUAAUGAAGUAAUUUUGUGCAAGAAAAAAAAAAAAUAAAAUUUUAAAAGAUUUUAAAGAUGGGGGAGGGAGCAUAAAAAAAUAGUGGAGAUGAUACAAUAAAAUGGUGUUAUGAGUCUAUAGAUUUUCGUUGGUUUUUGGGUUUUUUUCACAUUUGGAACCGCUGCAACAGUCGUGUUGGAGAGAGGGACUGAAGGAAUCUGCCCAUUCCAGGCAGACCUGGGAUCUCAAAUGGGAACAUGAAAUAACGAGGGGGGGGGGAAAUUACUAAUUCAAUUGGGAGGCUAAAACAGUGGCUAAAUGGGGCAGGUGAUUUUUCUGGUUACCUGCUCUGGGGUGUUAAAAUUGGAUUUUUAAGGCAUUGCGGAGUCUUCGAAGGCUUUCAGCACCAGGACUACUUUAUAGGAAGGUGUAAUUUAAUGAGAAAUUAUCAACUUCUGCUUUAAUUUUGGCUUCUAGGGACCAGAUAUCAUCCAUCAAGCUGUGAAACUAAAAUCUCCUCCACUAAAAAAAUGUUUAGGUACUUAGUUUUUAGACUAAUAUUUCAUUGAUAUAUCUCUACUUCUUCCAUUGUAUGCUGAGCAUAUAAUAACCGUCUAUUUUAUGGUAACUUGUGCCUUUAAAAACCUUUGUAAAUCUAAACCCACGUUUCAGAGGUUAUUCAUCUUUUUACCUUUUCUACGUUUCCUACUCUUUUUUCUAAAAAAUAUUUUUUUGCAUAUUUCCUUUUGGGGGGUCGCGGGGGCGGGGGAAAAAGACAAAAAAAGCUCAUUUUUAUGCAAUCUAUUUUUCUGUAUAAAGUUUGAAAGACUUUGCCUGUUACUGAUCUGUUCUCUUCACUCGCUUCUGACUAAGCAAUGCUAACUUUUGUACAGAUCCAUUUGAUAAAAUUAAAAAUUGCUUUUUAUCAA